AUGGCCCAGCCUAUACCCCCCAACAAGCAAGACCCCAUCGUCAUCGUCGGAGCAGGAGUCUUCGGCCUCAGUACUGCGGUACACCUUUGCAGGCGUGGUUACAUUGAUGUGACCGUCCUCGACAAACAACCUUACGAUGAGUCUUUAUACUCAUAUCUCAAGGGCGCGGACGCCGCUUCUGCCGAUAUCAACAAAAUCGUUCGAUCAGCCUACGGAUCACAGACAGAGUACCAGGACUUAUCUUCUGAAGCGAUUCCCGAAUGGCAUGCCUGGAAUGCCGAACUCAGAGCAGGCACUCUAGUUCCCCCUGGAAUGUCCACCAAAGAUGCAGUCUUCGUGCCCAACGGAAGCAUAUCACUAUCUACAUCCAAUGACUUGCCACCAUGGGAGCUCGCCUGUAUUGAAGGAAUGGAGAACUCUGGCCAUAAAUUUACCCAGCUAGCAACAACAAUUACUAGCCAUCGAGACAUUGCGGUGCGAAGAGGUCUGGAGUCAUUUAUGGAUCCGUUUCAAAGAGAAAGACGUGGCAAGCACAACACCGGCGUGCUGGAUAGCACAGGUGGUAUGGCCGUUGCGGACAAGGCCUGCAGAUUUGCAUUAUACAAAGCGCGAGGCCUGGGUGUGAAAUUCAUCUUCGGCGAACACGCUGGAUGUAUGAAAGAGCUAUGCUACCAGGAUUUGAAGGUGGUUGGGGUCAAAACUCGAGAUGAGAAAAUACAUAUGGCUGCAAUGACCAUUCUUGCCUGCGGCGGAUGGACUCCAGUUCUAUUACCAGAGCUCGAUGGGUUAUGUGAAGCCACCGCGGGGAGCGUAAUGCUGUUCAAAAUCCCCGAAGGUUCACCUCUAUGGGACCGACUUGGCGCAGACAAGUUUCCAACAUGGAUGUGGAAUAUGCGAAAUGGAGCCGAGGGUGGUCUGUAUGGAUUUCCGAGAGAUGAGAACGGCUGGUUUAAGGUUGGGUACCGGGGAACGAAGUAUACCAACCCGCUACGCCAGAGCGAUGGCAAGGAACGAAGCACCCCGGUGACACGGUGGUCGACUGCUGAGAAAGACGGUAGUGUCUCUGCGGGAAGCAACUUUACUUCUUUCCCACAACAGGCACACGAAGUUCUGUCUGAAUUUCUGAACGAAUACCUCCCGGAGUUAUCCGAAGAAGGCAUUGAUAUCUCCCUGACCAGAGUCUGCUGGUAUACAGAUACAUUUGACAAUCACUAUGUUGUGGAUCGUGUACCCAACAAAGAGGGAUUGAUGGUCGCAACAGGUGGCAGUGGCCAUGCAUUCAAAUUCUUACCAAAUAUCGGGAAUUGGGUGGUGGAUAUAAUGGAACAGACUGGUAUGGAUCGACCAGCAGUCAAGGCAUGGCGAUGGAGAUCUGUUGGCCCGGAACAACCAGUUAACACUCUCAUGGAGGGUUGCAGUGGCCCGAGAGCCCUCCAGAACAUUGGUCUUCUUCAGGAAGUGUCUCUGCGAAGCAAAAGGAACACUAAGCUCUAG